ACCGGAUCAAUGUGUAAAUGACCUAACUCUCCCCUUUGUCCUGUUUAGGCCAAUGACAGUUGAAGAAUAAAGAUCCUCAGAUAGAUAGAAAGAAAGAGUAGCAGGCUCUCUGACAGACAGGAGAUGGAGCAGUCUAGCAGCAGAUUGUACUCAGGACCUCUGUCCCAGGCGGCCCAGAAAAUCCUGGCUGUUUUGCGGGCCCAGAAUCCACUUGCAAGCAGACGCAACACCAGCUACUACAAUCACAGGCAAAGUUAGUCAGGGCAAAAGCACAGAAAAUCUUACUUAAGUUUGUCAAGUGAACUGCUUUCUUGUAGUUUGCUUUGUUGAUGUUCCUAACAUUUCUGCUUCUAAACUGCUGAACAGGCUGUCAUCAGAAAUUUAAUCCCUUUUGUAAAUUAAUAUUAUCUACUCAAUAUGUUUGUUUGGCAUUGUUAAAACCAGUAGUAGUAUUGUUGAUGUUUGUGAUGAUUGUAAAAUAUUGGUAGAAAGUGUUGAAUGUUGCUCAUGGAUUCUGUAUGUUAUUUUUAGCCUUUUGUAGGUGUUGUGGAGUUCAGUAAUUUGACAAGCCUACUUGAUAAUUCACAAUGACAUACAGUACUGCUUCACAGAACCUGCAUUUGGUUUAAUUAUCAUUAUGGUUUCUGGUUUCUACACAUUAAAUCUUGUGUAUUAGAAAAUUUGCCCAUUCACCAGUCUAAAACAAGGAGACUAGAUGUAGAUUGUUUUUUGCUGCUCAGGCAUUGUAUUAGAGUUGUUUAAUACUUUAUAUAUUUAGUUUCUUUGUUGUUCCCAGAGAGUUUAUGGUUUUCUCCUUUGUUGUGUAUGUGGUAGUGGAGAGGUAUUAUGGCAGCCAGAGGGAGUCCUUGGCUCAGAGCAGCUGGAGCAUGAGUCAGGAGGAGAGCAGAAACAGAAACACAGACCGGCCUCUGGUGUCCUCCUUUUCCACCUCCGACCAUGACUCCUCCAACCAGUGGCAGAGCUGUCAGACCUCGGCCUGCUAUCAGUCCUUGCAGACACCAAGCUGCUCCCUGUCAUCACAGGCCUCCUCCUGCUGGGAUCCCUCACUCCAAAGGCAGUCUGCUCAGACAGAAGCCUAUUAUCAGUGCUCACAGAUUUAUUCCCAAAGAAAGUGCUCCAAACCCCCUACUUACCAGUCCAACCAGGCUCCAUUUUUGACUCAGCAUGAGGUGACUGAGAAGACAGCCGUAUCUUUCUCCCAUAUAGACAGAUACACCUUGUCUACCCAAACACCGGAGAGACUUUUUGAACAUCAAGCAACACCAUGGAGAAACUCCACUGAAGAAAUCAGGCCGUCUUUCAUCCACAUUCUUUCUCCAGACGACGGGGUUUUUGAUGAGGUAUUAUUCCCCACAAUGGAACACCCUAAUACCCAUGAAGAGGAGCCUUCUCUGGCUUACCACCCAGUUUCAUCCUGCCUUAAAUUAAGUGAAGAGACAGAUGAUAACACACCAGGUGCACAGAAAGAAAAGAAAGUUACAGAGAGUUGGAACAUCCCCAGAAAUGAACUUGAAGACACUGUGUGUAUAGACAGUCAAACAAAGUGGAAACUUCCUCCAUCUUAUCCCACUGAAGAGGCAAUUAGUGGAGGAGAAGAUAGAGGCACAUUGUGUCAGCAACCAGAGUCGGAAACUUUAAAAGCUGGAAUAAUUAAUCUCCUUCCCAGUGACUGUGUAACCGCACAGGAGACCUGCUGUAAUGCAUGUUCACUCAAGCCAAUGAGAAAUCUAGUUGGGGAGGAAGGGGUAGAUCUCAUAGUGGAUUCAGAACGUAUGACUGAGGCAGGUACAGGACAAAUGUCUAACACAGAGCAUGAAAUGCAGGAUGGAGUAAAUGGAGUUAUGUGGAAAGAGAGAGGACAUGUGGAUUCAGCCCUGCUAGAUGAGACAGGCUCAAUCAGAGACAUGGGAGGUAUUCAGCUCUUGGGAACCAGUAAGAACAGUAGUUUGGAGAAGAAUUUUAACCUGUUAUUUACAACCAAUAUGGACAAAAUCUUUGACUGCGAUAAUGAAGGAGAAAAACUUGGGGAGAGAGGAGAGAAUUACUUUGAGUAUAGAGUUAAUACACCGGAAAGCAAGGAAGUUGAGCAUCCACCUGGCAGUGUGAGUAAAGAGAUGUCAGUGGGAUGUCAUGCUGGUAGUCCAAUAAAGAUCUCAUUAGCUUUAGAAAGGAGAGACAACAGGGUGAGCCUCUGCCAAGCGAAAAACCCUCAGGACAGGAAGCACCACACAGAAAACUCACUGGUGCAGUGUGAGACCAAAUUAGUCCAGGGUGACAACACUGCCGAUAACCUGGAGGGAACCACAGACGAAAGAAUAGAUGUGAUGGAGGUCAGAUUACAAGUGGAACCAGAGAACAGGACAAAGGCAGGCACUGACACAAGCACCGAAGAUAAGAUGGAGACAGAAUUAAACCUUUGUUCUGACAUCCAAAGAGAGAAAACAAGUGAGACAGAUGAUAGAGAAGUCAGUGAGUUACCGGAAAGAGAAACUGAGUCAGGAGAGAGGGGGAGAGACAAUGAUGAGUCAGUGAUGCCACCUGUGCACAGUGAUGAGUGUACAUCUACAGAGGACACAGGUAGAGAAAGUGGUUCCAAGCCAAUAUUGUCCCAGGAGUGCAGGGCAAAAAGGUCAGGGUUCAGAGCUCCCUGUCUCCAUGGGAACCACCAGCACCAUGUCAACACACAAGCAAAGGCAACAGUGUGUACAGCAGCAACACACCAAAAAACUGCUAAUGGAAGUAUCAGAGGGAGCAGCUCAAGCGUGGUACUGGCUCAAGCAAGCACUUUUGCUGCUGGACAAAACUCAUCUUCGGUACAAGACUUGACCUCAACUGACAUAAAACCAAGCAAAAAAGUGGAAAACAGCAAGCUGCCUACUUCCCAAAAUGUUUCACAUCAUCCUCCACUGAUCCCCUCCUUCCCCUUAAAGAGGAAGCAUGAAGUAUUUCAGCACCAAAAUCCUCACCCUCCUCCACCCCCUAAGAUCUACCUAACCAGGCGUCCGCCAAAGUGGGAGCCACCUCGUUACUCCCAAGAAAAGGCAGGGGAAGGGGUUAAUGAGUUCAAGAGAGCCAGAUCCAAAACUGUCCUCCCUGAUCCCUCAGAUGUUGCCCCAGAACCACCACGUAAAGUCAGUCGUUCACAUGAAACAGGAAUCGUUUUAGAGGUACAUAAAGACCCAUUUGCCCCAGAGCAAACUCGACAAAUUUGUCAGAGUAAGGUGCAAGAAAGGUCUCGUAAAUCAUCUGUGACCUGCAAACCAGUCAAGCACAAGCAGGCCAAAUGUGUGCCUGACCGGGGAACAAAUGGGCCAAAGGUAUUAAAUGAGGGGCCUAAUGGUGGCGAGCCCCAGAACCAAUCCAAAGCUGGCUGUCUGACCGCAGUCCUGACAUCUGACAUCAGAGUAAAGGAUUCUGAGAAGAUGAACCCUGACGAGAAGAUGCGAAUGCUUGAGAAGGCUAGACAGGCCAAGGCACUUGUGCUAACCUUAGUGUAUCGAGAUGGAACAACUCAGCUAGACCCAGAACAGAAGCUAACUCCACCAGUGUGUGGCCUCCUAGUGCUGAUGAAGAACAAUCUCGACUGCAGCACACCAGAGGACUCGCUCGGGCCAAACGACUGUCUGGUCUACUUAAAACUGGAGCAAACACCUGCAUGGGCCCAGCAACACAAGAACCAGGAGCUCUUUACCAGAGAUAUGCUGCUACAAGUGAUAUCAAGGACUCAACUGGUGGUGUGCUAUAAAGCCAAGGAUUUGCUUCGUACAACUCUGCAGUUUUACAGAAGAGACCUCAACUGGAAACAAGUGGCAGGCUGUCAUAUCCAGGACCCACAGGUGUCAGGGUGGCUUCUGGAUCCUGCAAAUCCCUCCUCUUGUUACCAGGACCUUCUCAAUAAACACUGCAAAAGACCCUGUAAAACCCCUGCCCUGGGUACCAAGAAGGUUUCUCAGGUCAUCUCAGGUCUCUAUUCGCUUCACUGGCUGAACAUGGAGCUUUGCUAUAAACUGCAGAGCCAUGGGCUGUGGGGGCUGUACUCAGACAUGGAGCUGAAUAUGAUCUCUGUUCUGGCCGCCAUGGAGAGCCAUUGCAUCCAUGUGGAUAAAGAAGCUCUUAAGAGAACUUCAGACCUGCUGGGGACUAAGAUGAAACAGUUGGAGCAGGAGGCCCACAGAGCAGCUGGACAAAUAUUUCUGGUCACCAGCAACACUCAACUACGAACAGUUCUGUUUGAGAAACUGUGCCUCCACAAGCGCUGCGAGAACAAGAAACUCCCAAAGACCAUCAACAAACAACAGCAGUCAACAUCAGAAGCUGCAUUGUUGCAGCUUCAGGACCUGCACCCUCUGCCAAAGAUCAUUCUAGAGUACAGACAGGUUCACAAAAUCAAGUCGACUUUUGUUGAUAGGAUUCUCUCAUGCAUGAUGAGCAAGAGCUACAUUUCCCCUACAUGGUACCAGACAAGUGUGGUGACCGGGAGAAUCUCAGCCAAGAAUCCAAACUUCCAGGCUCUGCCGAGACAGCCACUUCAAAUCACCAAGAAGCAGUACAUCCAAGGAAAGGAGGAGGAGGUGGUGAGCGUUCAUCCUCGGGCAAUGUUCAUUCCUCAGGAAGGAUGGACCUUUCUUGCUGCAGAUUUCUGCCAGGUGGAGCUGCGUCUGCUGGCUCACCUCUCCUCUGACCCUGAGUUGCUCCGCAUUUUCACCCACCCGCAGGCGGAUGUCUUUACCAUGUUGGCCUCUCAGUGGAAGGGGGUGAGUGAAGGUGAGGUGACUCCUGAGGACCGGGAACAUGCCAAACGUAUUGUCUACUCCGUUGUGUACGGUGCGGGUCGUGAGCGUCUGUCAGGGAUCCUCGGGGUGAGCGCUGAGCAGGCCAGCCGAUUCCAGGACAGCUUCCUCCAGACCUACAGAGAAGUCCAGGUGUUCAUCCAGAGGACCAUCCAGCAGUGCCACAAACAAGGUUAUGUGCUUUCCAUCAUGGGUCGUCGACGGACCCUCCCUAACAUCCACUCCCCCGAUUGGGGCAUCCGCAUGCAGGCUGAGAGGCAAGCUGUCAACUUUGUGGUCCAAGGUUCUGCUGCUGAUCUCUGUAAGAUGGCCAUGAUCAGGAUCUUCAACCUGGUCUCGUCCUCCAGCUCGCUCUCUGCCAGGCUGAUAGCGCAGCUCCACGAUGAGCUCCUGUACGAAGUGGAGGACUCCCAGGUGGAACAGUUUGCAGCUCUAGUGAGGAGCACCAUGGAGUCCCUUCAGCACAUAGACCACCAAGGAGUCCAUCUUAAGGUCCCCCUGAAGGUGGCAGUCUCCAGUGGCAAGUCUUGGGGAUCCAUGUCUGAGCUUAACAUCCCUCCAAUGCCUCCCUCAUCUUCUUUUUAAGUCGUCCCUCCCUACUUUUUGCUCUCUUUAUAUUCCCCCCUUUUACUGUUCUGUAUCGAAUAUACUUUUCUUUCGCUGCUCCAUCUCUCUCCCUCUUGGUAUGUUCUCCUCUCUCUGCCUCUUCUGAGUUUCUUGUUCAAUUUUUCCAUCUUAUAGUCUCACAGUCUAUCUCUCCCUCUCUCUUCACUUGUCCUGCAUCCACAUUGCUAUGGAAACCAGGCAGCUGCAGCUCCCAGUUCUUGCCUUCACUCCAUCCGUAUCCGGGGGCAACGGCAGGACUGGAUUGCACCAGUCCUUUUCUCUCUCUCUCUCUCUCUCUCUCUCUCUCUCUCUCUCUCUCUCUCUCCAUCCUACAAAAAAAGAUUCCUUAUCCUCCUCCUCUCCUCCUUAGUUUUCACACUCUGUUGUUAAGACCAGUGCUGUUUUCUCUGCCUUGUUGCCAAGGUGAAGCUACACAUUUGAGAGAGUGCUUAAUAUUUGUUGGUUCAUUAAAUUGGUUGCUAGUACGAUUUAAAAAAAAAUAAAAAAUGUAGCAGUUAAGCUAUACCUGAUGAACUGUGUUCUAUAUAUAUCCUUGUAUUUAUUGUUUGUAUGCUUUGUUCACGCUGAAUAAAGCUUGCAUUCAUUCUGUCUCUGACAGGUUCCCGCCUGAUAAACUCAA